AUAAAUGUACUGUAUAUUCCUGUAACAUAAACCAGUAAGCCAUCACAACAAUGACAGGCAAUGAUGCAGAAAAGGUUAACUACUGUGCUAUGAAUAGAGCUUAUCAUCCGUUUCAUCAUACUCUUCCUGCUUUGAGAACAUCAUAUUAUCAUAUACUCUUUAGUCUAUGACAUCCACUGUAAAUAACUUCCGCAGGAAUGCCCAUACAGAAAAACAAGCUUGGAUGUUUAAAUAUUUGCUUUAAUCUGUAUAUAGUGAUCCCUGUCAGCAUAUCACAUCUCCACAAAAGAGGCCACGUAUAGGAUUCAAAUGGGCAACCCACAUGUUGGUGGUUGGAAAUUUUGGGUCAAAAGUGUGUCCUGAAAUGUCAGCUUAACAUAACUUAUCCUGUGUCCUUUUUUGUUCUCAGUACAAGCAAGUUGAGCAGUACAUGUCUUUCCACAAACUUCCGGCUGACUUCCGGCAGAAGAUCCAUGAUUACUAUGAGCACAGAUACCAGGGCAAGAUGUUCGACGAGGAAAGCAUUUUGGAAGAACUGAACGAGCCGUUACGAGAGGAAAUUGUCAACUUCAACUGCCGGAAGCUGGUGGCAUCCAUGCCGCUCUUCGCCAACGCAGAUCCCAACUUUGUGACAGCAAUGUUAACUAAACUCCACUUCGAGGUCUUCCAACCAGGAGAUUACAUCAUUCGUGAAGGAACCAUCGGCAAGAAGAUGUACUUCAUUCAGCAUGGCGUAGUCAGCGUACUGACCAAAGGGAAUAUUGGUAUGAAGCUCUCUGACGGCUCCUACUUUGGGGAGAUCUGCCUGUUGACCCGUGGAAGACGAACCGCCAGUGUGCGAGCGGACACCUACUGCCGACUAUACUCGCUCUCUGUGGACAACUUCAAUGAAGCACUGGAGGAGUAUCCAAUGAUGAGGAGAGCAUUUGAGACAGUAGCCAUUGACCGCCUUGAUCGAAUAGGCAAGAAGAACUCCAUCCUGAUGCACAAAGUACAACACGAUCUUAACUCUGGCGUCUUCAACAACCGUGAGAACGAAAUGAUCCAGGAGAUUGUUAAGUACGAUCGGGAAAUGGUUAAACUGGUUAAACAAGGGGACAUGCAAAGGCCCAGGGCCAUGUCCAUGACUCCUUCAACUCACGGGAACAUAUUUGCACCUUCUAGUCAACCCUGUACAAGUUCUGCCAUUGCUAGCCUUCAGCAGGCUGUUGCCAUGAGCUUCUGUCCCCAGAUGGGCCUAGUGGGUUCUGGGGCGGUCCCGUCUCCCCGCAUGGUUCGGCGCUUCCAGGUGGUCCAGACACCCCCAGGCUCCCAGUACUCCACCUUAGCCCUCGCCUCUGCCCUUGCAAGCACACCUGUCCACAGCCCUCUGGCAACUGCUGGUCGAACGUUCCAGUAUGGUUCUAGCCCCCCAGGUGCACCCUCAGGCUCCCAGUUAUCCCUUGUACAGCAACACGUCCCCAGUCCCACACAUCGACCUCCAGUCCCCAGGAGCACUCUAAGCCAGGACGCCCGAGUCCUAUCCGCCUCCCAGCCGUCCUUACCCCAUGACAUGGUGCAGCCAGUUGCCCCAAGCCCUCCUCAGUCCACCAGAGUCUCCUCCACUUCCAUCGGUCCCCCUCAGAACCUCCCAGGCCCUGCUGGUCUUAGAGGAAGUAUCCCACCAAGAAUGGCACUACCCCAUCAAAUGUCUGUAGGUUCAUUUCCUCCUGCCUCCCUCCCUCAGAUGAGACCCAGCUUGGAUUCAGGACUGCCCAAGAAGGAUUCAAUAAUCAGUCUCCCAGAAACUGAACCACAUCACAUCAGAUCUAGAUUAUCGUCGAAUUUGUGACCACAAUAGAGUUGGUGGGCUCUGUCUGGGUCAGGAAUGUGUGGACUCUCCUUCACCAAGUACUAUUGCCGACCCCCGUCACACCUUUGAAAUUUACUCUCAGAAUGUAUGUGGUGUGACUGGCCAUAAGGGCAAACAAACCAUCGAGACUUUUUAGUAUAAAAUGAACAUGUCUGUAUCAUUCUUACCACGACUGGAACUUUUCCAUUUUACCUAUGAUAUAAACAUCAAUGUAGCUUCCACCCUCACAAUUUGCCUCUUUGAAAUGGUUUUCUUCAUUGUAGCUGUUCACAAAGAUUACAAAUGUACCACUCCCUUUUAUAUACUGUAGUUCAAACGAUAUGUGUCUGAAUACCGGUACUUAGCAGUUUGCUUCUGAUCACAAUGUAGGAGCUUACUCCCUCUUCUCAACAUGAACCGGCUAGACAAUAGAUAUUUACCCUAUAAUGCACAAUAUUAGAAUUGUUAUAGAAAAAAUGUAUUCAACGGCUCGAGAGUCCCAAAUCGGUUUCGAAACGGGAUGUAUUCUUACUGGAACUGCUGUCCAUGUGUUUGUCUUAUUCCUUCAGACCAAAGUUGGGCCAAAGGAAAAUGUUAACAGGAGAUGACA